GUUAGAGCGCAAGACCGCCUUUACCUCAUGCCCUUGCUCGAUGCGAUCAGACAACUUGUCUUCCAACGUUUGAAGCGCCGCUUGCAUGCUGGACUACCAUCAGCAUGGUCUUGUAAAUGCAGCUAAAAGCCAAAGCAGUAAACAAGCUUAAGACUUACAAAUAUACAUGGAUAACUUUGAGUACCUCUCGAAGCUGCGGACUUGCAGUCGACUGAACCCCUUCGCUUCUUUCGUGACAAGCUACGAUUAAUAACUAAACUGAUUCAGUACGCUUAGAUAAAUGGGCUGCGGGGCGUCCCGCAGCGCGGGCGGACCAGACCGGCAAGUAGCUCUUACAGCGGUGCCGCGCUUGGAGUCUGUUGCAGGCAAAAGCGUUUCCCAAACUGAACAGGUUAUAGCAGCAGCUGCUGCCCAACCGCUGGCCCCAGAACCGUCCAUCGGCUCCGCAGUCCCCGCUGACACGGGCAGCGGUGCCUUUGCAACAGCCGCAACCUCUUUUCCUCUAGGAGUAGGCGCCCCAGCCAUUGAAGAGCACUUCACGGACGAGCAGCUGCGGCUGUGGAAUGUCACUAAGCUGCUGCAGCGACUGGCGGCGGUGGCAGCGGACGACCCGGCGGGCCCCUCGCUGCCCGCCUCGCCCGCCGCCGGCUCGGGAGCGCGCGCCGCCAGCCACCUGGCUCGCCGCGCGGUGAGGGCGGAUGCGGGGUCAGCAGCAGCUGGGGGCGGCUCGGAGGGCGGUGGUGUGGGCGGAGGUGGUUUGGGCGAGCAGGAGGUUGCUGCCAACGCUCGGCGGCAGGUCAGCGAGUGCGCCGUGUCUCUGGAGUUCCUGCUGGAGUUCGCCCGGGAGAUCCCGGACGAGUGGCGCACGGGUCAGGUGGUUCAGGAGCUGAUCAAGGGCUUCACGGUGGGGCGCCAGAGCCGCUUCACGGACCUGAUGCCCACCCGCCACGUGAAGCGCCCCGACUACUUCAUCAGCCACAAGUGGGACAGCCCCUUCCACUACCUGGUGCGAUCCGUGAGGGACUACCUCAGCGGAGCGGUGCCGGGGGAGGUGUACGUGUGGCUCGACAUAUUCGCUGUCAACCAGCACCCGGGCCAGGAGCAACAGGACGACAUGGCUCAAUUAAAGAACGCCAUCACCAUAGCCAGCGGAGGCACGUUGGUUGUAUUGGACCACGAGGCCGGUCCGCUGGGCCGCGUGUGGUGCCUGUUUGAAAUUUGGCUGACCGUGCGCGAGAAGGGGCUGGGCUCGCUGCACCUGCUGACAUACGGAUUCACCAACAACGACAUCUGGGAUUGUUUCCAGGCUAUCGAUGUGAAGACCGCCGAAGCCACAAACGAGGAUGACCGGAAACGCAUUCUCAAGUACAUCGAGCGCUCUUUCAAGUCGCUGGAUGACUUCAACGAAAUGCUUAAGCUGCUUUUCCUUCUGGAUCCCCUCGACUUCACCUCAGACAUCAAGGAGAUGCUGCAUGGCAUUACCUACGCGUCAACAAACACCACAAGCAGCAACACCAGCAGCCAGACGGGCACCACCGCACAAGCUGGCAACACCCAGCAGCAGCCAUACUCGGGCGCUGAGGAAUCACCAUCUGCGGAUGCCGGCGGCGCCUCUAGGCCCGCUUUGACGGCUACUCGAGCGGCAGCAGAGGCCGCGAUCGCCGCUCAGGUGAUGGCGGCACGCGAUGCCUGGCAGCUGGAUGUGGUGGUUGGGGAGGUACGGCGCAUGGAUCCAGCGAGCGCUCAGCUGCCGCAACGUGACAGCAGCCGUACUGCCGGCGGUCGCGCCGUGUCGGGCCCCAGUCUGAUGAUCGUCUACGGCGUGGUGGGCAGCGGCAAGUCCACCUUCUCAGCCUCGCUGGCCAGGAUAGCGCAGGAGCGGAGGGAGAGGGAAAACAGGAGGAUGGCGGGGAUUCCGAAGAGCGAGGAGCCAGUGGCGUUGCUUGACUUGCCAGAGGUCCAAGUGGAUGCGGUGCACUUUUGCAGGCAAAGUGACCGGCGUCGAACAGACCCUCUCCGCAUGCUCAAGUCUCUGGCCUACCAGCUCGCCACCAACGUGCCCGAGAUGCGCCCCAUCUACACCUCCAUGCCCUCCGAGUCCGUGUCCAAGAUCUCCCGGCUGGAGGAGGCGUUCAUGGAGUUGCUGCAGCGACCCAUUCAGGACUACCUGGAGGGCAGCCAGCUGCCAAGCGGAGCCGCGGCGGCCGGGAGUGCGGAGGCCAACAAAGGCAAGGAUGGACGCAGUCGCUCCAAGCAGCUGGUGUUGCUGAUCGACGGAGUGGAUGAGGCGGACGGGCGCGCGGGCUCCCUGGACAACAACAUCCUGCGACUGCUGCGGGAGCACUUCCCCAAGCUGCACCCGGCCGUGCACAUCAUCGUCAGCUGCCGCCAUACCAGCAAGACGGAUGACCCGCUUGCAGGGCUUAGGGGCCGGUACGACAAGCCACGAACGAUUGCCUAUGACGCCGGGACGGAUCUGCGUCAGGGCGAGCACAUGCGGCGGCUGCUAAAGAUGAAGUUGCACCCGCCGGGCUGCCGGCUUGACCCCAGCCAGUGCUCCAUGCAUGACCCGGAAAUGCUUGACAUGGCCGUGCGCCUGGUGAUCGACAAGAGCCGCGACAGCAUGGUGUACAUCAAGGUGGUGCUGGAGCACAUGUCUGCGGUGGUCAAGGAGCACAUCCUGCGUCAGUUGGAGGAGCGCAAGGUGCUGGAGAGCAUUAAGGCGGUGUCCGACGCGACGACUGCAGCCAAGGCCGGCUUGCCGCAACAGCCGCAGCAGCUGCUGCAGCAGCGCCUGGCCCAAAGAGGCAACUCGUACGGCUCGGAUGCUUCAAGUUCCCGGCAACGCACUCCAGUGGAUGCAGACGUGGCGGCGGCGGAGCUCGGGGCCACCAUCACAGCGCUCCUGAGUGCUCGCUUGGGGGAUCUGGCGGCUGGGGGCAGUCAGGCUCUCGCUGAUCUGGACCAAGAGGUGCAGGACCUCAUUCGGGGGCGCUUCCAGAGUCCCCUGCUGCCUGUGAUUCAGGAGGCGGAACGUGCGGCGGCUCCCAAGACUAUUGCUGAGGGGGAACGAGGCGGCGCGGGCCGUCGCAGCUCCGUCGCAAGAGGUCUCGCUGGCAGGACAAGGCGCGGACCUAGUAUCCUUUCCACUGCGGCCGGCGGCGGCGGCUGGAAGCGUGGCGGUGCAUCCGAGUAUCUGGGGGCCUUGGGCUCUAGUGAGGAGGAUGACUUUCGGUGGAACUGGCAGGACAUCAAGAACCUGCCUAACGGGCUGGACGCAGCGUAUCGCCAGAUUUUCAUGAUGAGUUUCCAGAAGUUGGCCCCGCAGUCCCAUGCGCAAGUCAUGAAGCUGCUGCAGGUGCUUCUCGCCGCUCGUGAGCCGCUGACACGCAACCAGCUUCAGAACCUGCACCUGGUGUCCAGCCCACGCGACCUGCAAAAGCUGCCCGGAUGGGGUGUGCUGUUCUACGAGCGGGAAUACAUGGUUUUCCACAUGCACAAGUCAUUGUUUGACUUCCUCUCCAACAAGAAGGAGGCCGGUCCCUUCUUCGUGGACGCCCAACGCGGUCACAAGCUGAUCGCCGCGCAGCUGUUCAAGGAGAUCAUGGUGGCGCCUUCGGCAGCGGCGGUAGCCUCCAGCGCGGCGUCCGUCAUAAACGGGGGAGCAGCAGGCAGCGACCCCAUGGCGGCAAGCGCCGUGAGCCAGUACACGCUGCGCUACGCCGUGACGCACCUGGCGCUGGCAGACAUGCUGGAGGAGCUGAGCCAGCUGCUGCUCAACUUCGACUUCUGGGAAACCAUAUUUGAAAAGGGUCUGGGUCUGGAGGUGUUGGGCGACCUGAUCCACAUACGCGGAUGGGAGCUGCCAAAGGACUCCAUUGCCUCUGCUGACGUGGUUGCCGCCUCCUCCACGGUGGUCUCACACGUCAUUCGCUGGCUGCAGCGGGACGGGGCCAUGCUCAAGCAGUACCCAAAGGCCGUGUUGCAGCUGGCCACCGACACCCCGGUGAACAGCCUGGUGUCCAAGGCGGCGCUCAGCUACCACCGCCGCCCGCACGCGCACCUGGUCAACAAGGACGCGGGCUGGCCCUCCAACCUCAUGACGCUGGAGAACAGCGUGCACAGAACCAACUCGGUGGCGUUCCUGCCCAAGGAGGACGGCGGCAGCAGUCUGCGCCUGGUGACGGGCGCGGACGAUGGCGUGGUUCGCGUGUGGGACAUGCGCUCGGGGGACCUGCUGUUCGCAAUGCAGCCGCCCAUUCAGGCUUAUCAAGGCACGCCGCCUGCCGUGAAGUGCAUCGCUGUCACCUCUGUGGCGAAUGGCGUUACCGUGGUCGCAAGCGCUGGCAAGGAUUCUGCAGUCCGGCUGUGGAACAUCAAGACGGGUCAGCAGUUCGCGGACCUGGGCAAGUCCAACAGCGCCAUCACCGGCACCGUGCGCGCGCUGGCGGUGUCGCCGGACGGCCGCACCAUUCUGUCAGCGGGAGAUGACCUGGCGCUGCGGGUGUGGACGCCGGGAGGGAAGGUCGAGGAGCUUGUGUCUUCGGAGACGGGCGGACCCACGGGGGCCCCUUCAGCGCCGGUUGAUGACUUCGAAACUGAUCCGAACAAGAUUUGGGCUUCGCCAGCAGUUACGUCCCUCCAGGAUAAGCCUCACAAGAAGGUCAUUCGCUGCAUCGCCUUCAGCGCAGACGGACAACUGUUCGCCACCGGCUCCGACGACGACGCCAGCACCAACGCCGUGGCGCUGUGUCUGUGGGAGACGGAGGGCCUCAAGCCGCGCGCCAUCCUGCGCGGCCACAUUAGCAGCGUCAAGUGCGUCGCAUUCACCACCCGCCCCGUCAGCGUCACGGACGCUCACUCCGCCGCCGCCUCCUCGCCCGUUGCAGCGCCGCAGCACCUGCUGGCCUCGGGGUCCGCUGAUAGGACUGUUCGCCUCUGGUACACCCGGCCUCCCGCCGGCAGCAGCAGCCCCGAUGGCAGCAGUGCCCCCGGCUCCGAGGAGCACUGGGCGGUCCCCAACCAGAAGCUGCAGGGCCACACCGCCUGCGUGCGCGCGGUGGCGUUCAGCCCUGACGGCAUCAAGAUGGCCUCCGCGGGCGAGGACUGCAGCGUGCGGCUGUGGGGCGUGGUGUCUCGGCAGCAGCUGGCGGUGUUCCACGGGCACAGCGGCGCGGUGGUGAGCCUGUCCUUCGACUUCCCGGACGGCAUGGUGCUGGCGAGCUGCUCCGACACGGAGGUGCGGCUGUGGGACACAAACAACUACCCGCAGGUGACGGUCAUGCACGGCCAUGAGAGCGGAGUCAACACGAUUGCCUUCACGUCUGAUGGCAAGUACCUUGCAUCCGGUAGCGACGACGGGGCUCUGGUGGUGUGGAGGGAUAACGGGGAGAACAACUGGAGUAAGGUCAAGACCAUUCCUCGUGACGACUCUGGGAGCAACGGCCAUCACGGCAGCAUCAUUGCGCUCGCAUUCAGCCCCGCCGACGAUGAGAAGCAGCCCGGGCAAAUCACGACACGGCUACUGGCGACUGCUUCCGCUGAUAAAACCAUCAGGCUGUGGGCUUUACGGGAAACAUGGGGCGUGGAUGUACCACGGAGCAUUUCCGCCGUGGCCGGGAUCCUACGCGGCAAGGGCAAAUCGCUGACCAGGGGUGCUGCCGAUGCCAUGAAGAAGGACAAGGAUGGAGGCGUCAUGGUGGAGCAGCUGAGUGUCGUACAAGGACAUGAUGGAAGUGUCCGUGCCAUCAGCUUCUCUGCCGAUGGAACGCUGCUGGCGACGGGAAGCAACGAUCGAACCGUUCGGCUGUGGCACCUGAUUCCCACUCCAAGCGGUUUUGGAGCCUCCAUCUCACCCUUCCUUGUGUUAUCGGGCCACACUGACGUGAUCCGCUGCGUUGCCUUCAGCCCAGUCGCCUCCAGCCGCCUGAUGGCCUCCGCCAGCGAGGACCGCACCGUGCGGCUGUGGCACGUGGCGCCCGCGGGGCAGGGCGCCAGCCGCCUGCAUCGGGAGCUGAGGGGACACGACUCCUGGGUUAUCUGCUGCGCGUUCAGCAGCCACGGACAGAGGGUGGCCACCGCGUCGCUGGACAAGACUGUGCGCAUCUGGAGCGUUACUAAUGGCGAGCAGCAGCUGGUCCUGCACGGCCACUCCAGCGGUGUCACUAGCGUGGCCUUCUCGCCCGACUCCAUGACGCUGGUGUCGGGCGGCGCGGACAACAGCGUACGGCAGUGGAACGCGCGCACCGGGCAGCAGCUGGCCAUGAUGCAGGGGCACAUCGGGCAGAUCGCGGCGGUGGCGUACUCGCCCACCGGGCACGCGGUGGGGUCGGGCGCGGCGGACGCCACCGUGAGGUUGUGGGAUGCAACGCGGGGGCAGCAGGUCGCAGGAGUGCAGGGGGACGCUGGCAGCUUCCAAACGGUUGCCAUUUCCCCGGAUGACAAGUUUGUAUCCAGCAGCGCUGACGACAACGUCAUCCGUCUGUGGGACAUGGGCUCUGGUGAACAACGAGCAGUUCUGCAGGGUCACACCAGCUGGAUCGUGGCCAUAUGCUUUGGCUACCAGGACGACAACGAUGGCGACCCACAUCUUAUGCUUGCGAGUUGCUCAGACGACUGCAGCAUCCGGGUAUGGGACUGUGUGACCUCCGAAUGCGUGCGGGAGCUUCGAGGCCACACCGGCAGCGUGCGAGCAGUCGCCUGGGAGAGCCUCAAGUGGAACUACAUCGCCUCUGCGGGCAAUGACUACACCGUCCGGCUGUGGAACGUGCCCCGUGGAUCCCAGGUGGACCUGUACAAGGGGCACACCGACGUGAUCCGCUCGCUGGCCUUCAGCCCCGACGGCCUGCUGCUGGCCUCCAGCGCCGAGGACACCACCAUCCGCCUCUACCACGUGGGACACAUCACGGGCAGCGAUGCGGAACGACCCGAGUGGCUGCCCGAGCUGCCGGGUUCGGGAGUGGUGCUGAGGGGUCACACGAGUUGGGUGCUUGCAGUCGCCUUUGGGCAACGCAAAGCGGCGACAGAGGACCGCCUUUUAGUCAGCGGAUCCUGGGAUCAAACUGUCCGGUUGUGGAACCUGCCGGCGGCGGGCAACGAUACCCCCACCUGUGUGGCGACGCUUUCUGGCCACACGGGGCGCAUCAACGGCAUAGCCAUCAGCACCUUUGUCGUCUCUGGCCUCGAGAUCAUCGCCAGCGCCUCCAACGACUCCACGAUGUUCCUGUGGACGCGCACCAACCGGCCGGAACUGCCAGCCGAGGCCAGCGGCUGGGAGGCUGUGUGCAAGAUCCGCGGCCACGCAGGGCAUGUGAACGCAGUGGCCUUCAACUCCAAGGGCAGCCGCCUGGCGUCGGCAUCGGAGGACGAGACGGUGAGGCUGUGGGACCUUUUGCCGACCAGCUCCCCCGACCAGAUCUCCGCAAUGCAAGUCCGAGACUUCAAGGGCAUCCAGGGCACCAUCACCGUGCUCUCCAUGUCGCCCGACGGCCAGCUGCUUGCGUCCGGCAGCGACGAUCACACGCUGCGGCUGUGGAGCACCCGCUCCAACCAGCAGCUCAUGGUGCUGCAGGGGCACGGCAGCGCAGUCAGCGCGCUGGCAUUCGACGACGAGGGCGCGCUGCUGGCGUCGGGCUCCGUGUGCGGCAGCGUGCUGCUGUGGGCCAAGGAGCCGGCGGGGGCGGGCAGCAGGGAGGGGUGGAGCCAGGUGGCCAAGCUAGACCUGGCGCUGCAGGUACCGGACGCCGCCGUCAGCGCCCUAGCCCUGACCCACUACGUCUUCACCUCCACCAACCCACGGAGCACCAGCGCAGCACCGCUUAGCCGAGGCGCCGCAGGCAGCUCAGAUCUGGACCUCCAAACGGCGGCAGCGGCAAUGGCGACAGCCGGCCUUGCACCCUCAGCAGCAGCAAGCAUGGGUGCUAGGCUGCUGUUGGCGUGUGGCACGAAGCCCCGUGAGAUGCAGAGCAGGCGUGAGGGGCUGGCAGGCGGCCGGCAUGGUGGCAUGG